AUGGAGUUACGCAUGUAUGAGAACACUUUGCUUAAUAAAGAUGCAAGUUUGCAGAAGAAGGAUUUAAGUAUAGAAGAACUUAAGUCAACCAUUGUAGAAUAUGGAAGCAUUAUAGAGAAUUUACGAGGGGAAAAAAACAAACUGGUUCAUGAGUUACAGCACUUGCAACAGGAACUCAUCAUGAAUGGGAUCCAGUUGAAUGUUAGUGAAGAACAUAAGAGUACCAUCUCUGAAGGAGAAAAAUCUUUACAUUGUGAACUCAUUCUUGCUCAGUCUGCAGAGAAUACUGAAACUGAGCAGCAGUGCAGUUUAAUCAGCUUGUCAUCUCUGGACACAGUGAUGGACCAAGACAUGCUGCUGUCACUGAGAGAAUCUGAGCAGAAGGGAGUGGCAUUCACAGCUACUCUCCUGAAGCUGCAUGAAGACAUUUCUGAAGUGGAAACCCUCAUUGACAGCCCUCUCCAGUGGGUAACUAGUCCAGAAAUUACUGUGAAAGGAAUGUGGGAGGACAUGCGUACUGAAUACAAAUAUACCAUGGAAGAGAAACUAAAUAUUUGCAUAUUAAUGCUGAAGAGCUUGGGAAACCACAAAGAAUCUCUUGAUAAAGAGUUUGUCAAGUUGAUGGAGAUUUUGAAGAGAUUUAGGCUGCAAUAUUUUUAUUUCAGAAAAGAAUAUCUUUCCAGGCAGAAACAACUAGAAGCCAUCAAACAACUGCAAGAAGAUGCUGUCAACCAGGAAGCCAUCCUCAGGAAGAAGGUCCAGGAAGCCAGCCAACGGCUAGAGGAUGCAGAGGAGCAGGUUGAGGACCGAGAGGGCACAGCCCACUCUGCCAGGGAAGAAGUGAAGUCUUCGCUGUAUCCAUUGGAGGAAGCAAUUUCAGAACAACUGAGUCUCCAGACUAUAAAUAAUACCAAGCUAGUGAGCACUUGCCAGGCCCUGGAGCAGAAGACAAGGAAACCGAAAACAACAAUCAAGUCACUAAGAAAGAACUUAAUCCAAGGACAACUCCAUGGCUUCUUGUUUCAGAGCUGUUUAGACGAGGAAUUUCCUCAAUAUGAUCCUUUGUCCUGCACAGACACAAUUCACCAACGUCUUCAAGAACAACUGAAGCAGUGUUGCCAUAAACAAUCUAGUGGUCAAGAAGCAAGAAUACAUAAGACUCCCCUGACCUUCAAACAUACAUGCUGGUACACACCCCUGCUAGAUGCCUUGCAUCUGGAUAGUCUUACACUGACCCUAAGACCAUCACUGACACCUUUCUCAUGUAUAGCUAACCAAGUCCAUGCUUCAGGUCAAAGGCCCAAAUGUGGAAAAAUAGAGGAUGGUGCUUUGGAUGUGACUAGAACCCACAAGUUCCCAGGCCCUACAAUUGGCCCCUACCCGGGAACAGAUCUUUCUAAUUGCAUCAGGAUGAAUGAAGACCUAAGUAUGGAAGAGAAUGGUAUUGAACUCUUGAAUUCUGAGAGCCUGCCACAGUCCAGAGAUCAUACCACACUGUCGUCUCCUGGACACACGUCAUCCUCUGAGAGUACUGUAACUUCAAGUGACACAAGUCCGGAUCACGAGAAUAUUGCACUCCAAAGCUCUGUGAAUGAGAACAAAACCAUGUUAAAUCUGGAAGCCAAAGAGGAAACAAAAACAAUAGAUGAUCCUAGAAAAGAAUGUGUCGCAGGAGACGCUGCUGUUUCCUCUGCUCCUGUAACCACUGUGAAAUUGGUUAACUUUAAACAAAGUGACAACAUUUCUGCAAAUGAGAAGGAGGUAGAGGCCGAAUUUCUCAGAUUAUCUUUGGGAUUUAAGUGUGACUGGUUCACCUUAGAGAAAAGACUGAAGCUUGAAGAAAGAACCCGUGACUUGGCAGAAGAAAAUCUGAAGAGAGAAAUCACUAACUGUGUGAAGCUGUUGGAGUUGUUAACACCUCUUUGUGAAGAGGACAGCCAGGCCCAAGAGAUCAUCAAGAAGCUGGAGAACAGUAUAACGUUCCUCAGACAGUGCACACUACGAGUGGCCAGUAGGGCUGAGAUGUUGGGAGCCAUUAAUCAGGAAAGCCGGGUUAGCAAAGCAGUUGAAGUAAUGAUUCAGCAUGUAGAAAAUCUGAAGAGAAUGUAUGCCAAAGAACACGCUGAAUUAGAAGAACUGAAACAGGUUCUUUUGCAAAAUGAAAGGUCUUUUAACCCUCUGGAAGAUGAAGAUGACUGUCAAAUUAAAAAACGCUCAGCUUCUCUAAACUCCAAGCCAUCUUCUCUUCGAAGAGUGACAAUUGCCUCUUUACCCAGAAAUAUUGGCACUGCAGCAAUGACUGCUGGGAAGGAAAACAAUGACCGAUUCAGUAGGAGGUCUAGUAGUUGGCGUGUUUUGGGGUCAAAGCAGAGUGAACACCGUCCCUCAUUACAACGGUUUAUCAGCACCUAUUCCUGGGCAGAUGGUGAAGAAGAAAAAUGUGAGCUCAAAACUAAAGAUGAUGCAGAGCCCCCCGGAGAAGAAAUAAUAGAAAGGACAAGGAAGCCAAGUCUUUCUGAAAAGAGGAAUAAUCCAUCGAAAUGGGAUGUCUCUUCAGUCUAUGACACAAUAGCUUCCUGGGCAACAAAUCUCAAGACCUCCAUCAGGACGGCUAAUAAGGCACUCUGGCUUUCCGUUGCAUUGGUUGUACUGUUUGCAGCUUUGAUAAGCUUCCUCACAGGCCGGUUUUUCCAGAAGUCCGUGGAUGCUGCCCCCACCCAGGAUGGAGACUCCUGGAUGUCUCUAGAACAUAUCUUGUGGCCAUUUACCAGACUCCAUCACAAUGGGCCACCGCCAGUGUGA